AUGGUACCAAGCUUCCAGCACAGUUCGUCACGGAUCGAAGCUUCUCACAUCUCUGAUGACAAGAAAGAGGUCCUGGCUGAUGAAAGAGGAUAUUCUCCCCAUGCCGAAAAACCUUCGCUAUCUCUUCCCGCGGCGGGUGACUUGGAACCCCGUGACACUGAGAUCACUUAUCCAGAGGGCGGCCGUGAUGCCUGGUUAGUGGUGCUGGGUGCUUGGUGUGGCUUGACCGCAUCGCUGGGUAUCUACAACACAGCCGGAGUGUUCGAGGUCGUCAUCUCAAAAGUGAUCCUACCGGAAGAAUCUCCGUCCGCCCUUGGCUGGAUAUUCUCAAUCUACGCCUUCGUGAACUGGGUUUUUGGGGUGCAGGUUGGACCAACCUUCGAUGCGAUGGGCCCACGUGGACUAAUAAUUGCGGGAACAAUUUGCACGCUCAUUGGCAUUUUCUCGCUCAGCGUCUGCACCAAAUACUAUCAGAUCUUUCUGUCCUUCUCCAUCUUAACGGGUAUCGGUUCAUCCCUUCUCCUCACUCCAUCCAUGGGCUGCGUCGCUCAUUGGUUCAUGGAGCGUCGCGGUCUCGCUAGUGGCAUAGCAUUCAUAGGAGGCGGUUUCGGCGGCGUCCUCUUUCCCCUGAUGAUACAGGCACUCCUCCCCCAAGUAGGAUGGGGAUGGUCGAUUCGGAUUCUUGGAUUUGUGCUGCUCGUGCUUUGCGCUAUCAGCGUGACAUUCUGCCGAAGCAGAGUUCCACCGCGCAAAGGAGCAGCAACGACUUGGCGAGAUACUUUGCCGGACCCAAAAAUCUUCAUGGAUGGAACCGGAGCCAUGGCAGCCACAACCACCGGAGUCCUUUUGACGGACCUGGCGUACUUCAUACCAAUUACGUACGUGCCUAGCUACUACAUCGAUCGACAGCGUCUGUCUCAUGAGGCAACAUUGAACGGGUCAGCGGCGUUCGCAUAUCAACUCCUCGCGAUUCUCAAUUCUGCUUCAUGCGUUGGCCGGUACGUGGCGGGUGACGUGGCUGAUCGAUUCGGCCGAUACAACACCAUGAUUGUCUCAUUGUUUCUCUGCACUGUGUCAGUCCUAUGUUUCUGGCUACCAGACAUCCUCGUACCAAACCUGGACAACUACGCACUUCUGGUAGUUUUUGUACUACUAUUCGGAUUCGUCAGCGGAUCGAAUGUUAGCUUGACGCCAAUCUGCUUAGGCCAGCUUUGUGAAACUCAAGAAUAUGGGCGAUAUUACGCAAGCUGCUUCACGGUAGUGGCUUUUGGCGUAUUGAUUAGCAUCCCUAUUGCUGGGAGCCUUCUCGAUGCAGUGGAGACUAGAGGUAAAGAGAGAUAUUGGGGCGCGGCUCUGUUCACCGGACUCAGCUAUGUGCUUUCCUUCUUAUGUUUUGUAUGGGUCAGGAUCAAAGUGAAGGGUUGGGAUUGGAGGACAAAGUGGUAG